CACACAUAAAUACACAAUUAUAAAGCCAAAGCCUAGCCUCGCGCUUUGAAGCAGCAGCCGCCGGCAAUCGUCGCGCCGCCGCCGCCGCCAUGAUCCACCUCCGGAGGCGCAUCGUGUCUCUCCUCCUGAAGCCCGUGUCCCAUGUCCCCGAUGCAGUAGUGAUUUCUCCACUCAUCUACCUCCGCCGCGCCGUCUCCACCACCGCGCCGGCUUCCCCCAAACCCUUCGCCGUCGAGGAGUACCUCGUCGCCACCUGCGGCCUCACCCGGGCCCAGGCAGCCAAGGCUUCGGGGAAGCUCUCCCACCUCAGGUCCCCCUCCAGGCCCGACGCCGUCCUCGCCUUCCUCUCCGACCUCGGCGUCUCGCGCCCCGACGUCGCCGCCGCCGUCGCCGCCGACCCAGGGUUGCUGUGCGCCGGCGUGGAGAAAAACCUAGCUAGGCGCGCCGCCGAGCUCGGCGACCUGGGCAUCUCGCGCUCCCAAAUCGCGCGCCUCGUCCCUCUCGCCAACUCCACCUUCCGCAGCCGCGCCCUCGCCACAAACCUCGGUUUCUGGCUCCCGGUCCUGGGCUCAUUCGAGAAGAUCCUCAAGUGCCUCAAGAUGAACUCCUCCAUCCUCGGCUCCGACCUCGAGAAGGUGGUGAAGCCGAACCUGGCGCUCCUCGAGGAAUGCGGGAUGACUGCUUGUGAUAUUGCCAGUUGUCCAUCCGUCUACUCCAGACGGCUGCUCACCUUGAAUCCCAGCUAUCUCCGGGACGCCGUGGCACGAGCGGAGGAGCUAGGGCUGGGCCGCGGUUCUCGGAUGUUCCGGUACGCGCUCAUGGCGGUGGCCCUAACAAGCAAGGAGUCUGUCGCUGCGAAAUUGCGGGUGCUGGAUGAGCUUGGGUUUUCACGGGAUGAUGUCUUAUUGAUUGUGAGGAAGUCGCCACAGUUUCUGGCAUUGUCUGAAAAAAAGAUCCGGCGAGCCGCGGAGUUCUUCAAGAGGGAUAUUGGACUGGAGGAACGGUACAUUGCGCAAAGGCCAGCGCUGUUCACUUAUAGCCUUGAAAGGCGGCUGCUGCCUCGGCAUUACUUGCUCAAGGUCCUCCGGGCAAAGGGAUUGCUGAAUUGCGAGUUGGAUUACUACCGCACAGCCGCGAUGGGCGAGGAGAAGUUUGUGCAAAGGUUCGUGGAUCCUUAUAAGGACCACAUUCCAGGCCUUGCUGAAGCUUACGCAUCCCGUUGUUUUGAGAAAGUAAAUUGAGUUGCUUCACUGCUUGGAGUGUAGACU